UUAGUUUUGAAAAAACAUUUGACUCUUGAAAUAAUUUAAAAGUUUUUUUUUAAACAAAUUUCAUUGAAAAGAAAAUAACUUUUUAAAAAAAUUAUUACUUGAAAACCACUAAACAGUGAUCUGAUUUGAAGUUCAAUAGCAAUAACAUCAACAAAAAUAAUUAACUCAAAAUGUGUGAACAAAUAAUUGGCGAAAACGAAAUCCUGUCGACAAUGAACAACAAGACAUUAUCAUCAUCGAUGGUAACCAAAGAGGUCGGACUGUGCCAGUCGUACGAGCGCCGUAUGACUGAAUAUAUGACAUCCGUACCCCAUAUACCGCCUACACUGUUUGAACUCAGGCUCCGACACAACGAAAUCAAAACCGAUAUUAUCAGACAAUAUAAAAACAAUACCAUCAGCAGCACCGGUAUCAACAACAAACAGUCGCCCCCAUCGACGGCUGCAUCGGUCAGCAAAUUGGAUAAUCUGAUUGAAAAAGUCUAUCAAAAUUUGGCCAAAAAAAAUAUCAAAGAGUAUAAGACAUGUCAGGCCGGGUUCAUCAUUGGCUGGAAGUGCAAUACAAACAAACCAUCCAAACCGACUGUCCAGUCCAGUGACGAUAGGUUUUAAUUAAAAUUAAUUAAAUAAUAAUUAAUUAACUGAUUUUUUUGUGGAUAUAUCCUAUCAUAUAUUUCACUCAUAUAUUAUUAAUAAUUUUAUUGCCAUAAAUAUAUUUUUUUUGUGAUGACCU